GUCACUAACAACAUUCCAAUAAAUUCCACCCUGGCAGUGGCAAAUCUCUCUCUCUUCCAACUCAUUCCUAUACACUAUUUUUUGUCAACUCCCUCGACCAAGAAUAACGCCCAUUGAUUGCCCCAAUCAAUCAAUAGUAUUUAAUAAUUAAAUAGUGAGAAUCUCCACAUCAUCAUUCAUCACCCUCAAAUUGUUUUUUGUAUCAGCAUAUAAAAAUUUGCAAAGACAAAUUUAAUUUGGUAAACCUCAUUCAUAUACAAACUCCCCUUCUCAAUAACACAUUCUUUUGCACAUACUUUUUCUCCCCUUCGUUUUCUCCGUUUCUUAUUUCUUUUUUCGGUUUUAAUCUCCGCGUUCCCAUUUUCGCUCGAGAUCUCUCCUUCGCGGCAUGUGAGGGAGUAGACACAGAGAAUAAUCGAAGACAGAAAUAACAGAGGCGAGUAAGAAGAGGUGAUGGCGAGUAGAGUGGAUCACGAGUACGAUUACCUUUUCAAGAUCGUGUUGAUCGGCGACUCAGGAGUGGGGAAAUCCAACAUUCUUUCCCGUUUCACCAGAAAUGAGUUCUGUUUGGAGUCAAAAUCGACCAUCGGAGUUGAAUUUGCCACCAGAACUCUUCAGAUAGAAGGGAAGACGGUGAAGGCCCAGAUAUGGGACACUGCAGGACAGGAAAGGUAUCGAGCGAUUACAAGUGCUUACUACAGAGGAGCUGUUGGCGCGCUCCUUGUCUACGACAUAACCAAGAGGCAAACCUUCGACAACGUCCAAAGAUGGCUUCGCGAGUUGAGAGAUCACGCAGAUUCUAACAUUGUCAUCAUGAUGACAGGGAACAAAUCUGAUCUCAACCAUCUCCGAGCUGUUGCAGAGCAGGACGGCCAAACUUUGGCUGAGAAGGAAGGGCUCUCAUUCCUUGAGACCUCAGCACUAGAGGCGCAUAACAUUGAGAAGGCAUUCCAGACUAUUUUGUCAGAAAUAUACCACAUUAUUAGCAAGAAGGCAUUGGCAGCACAGGAAGCUGCUGCUUCGACAGCCGUUCCGGGUCAGGGCACGACCAUCAACGUUGGCGAUUCAUCGGGGAAUGUCAAGAGAGGAGGCUGCUGUUCUACUUGAAACUUUGAGGGAUGAUGUCGAUAUAAAACUUUUGCUCUGUUUACUCUUUAAAAAAUUGUUUCUUUUUCCUGAGGUCUUGUAGAAUAUUACUGAAAUAUGACAGUGAAAAGUUGCUAUGACAGCCUGAAAAUGUCUUAGCUUUUUGGCGUAAA